CUCAAUUUUUUUAAGAUAUAUAGAAACACGUGCAAAAGUUGAAAAUUGAUCGGGAUUAAAUCCCGCAGACUCAAAUAUUGGAAGUUUAUUAAGGAAAAUUUAGAUAAUAAGCUAUUGUAAUAGCCAUGGGCUGCAAAAACGUCUAGCAGUGUUCAAGUACACUUUAACACUCUGUCUUUCAUUGUUGGGAUUUAGAUUAGCGUGGAUUAUGACAUUAAUAUAAACAACCUAAAGCAUUUGUGAUACACUGCAAUAUAUAACUGCAAUUUUUGAACUGUAGUGCUUCCAUGCCUUCUGAUCGAAGAUUUGAACUGUGGGUUUAAGGUUGUGAAAAACACGGACCAUACAUGAAACAGUGAGACACGUUUUGUAGUUUUGUACGGUGAAAUCAGACUUAUAUCAGAACAGCAAGAACUGGGGAAAUGCAAAGAUAAUCAUGAACAGCUAGUGCCAGUGAUGUUCCAGUACAUCAAUGAAAGUCUGACAGGCCUAUUUUAGACAAGUAUGGCCCUCUGACAUCGACUGAUAAGCCAUGGCAGACACCAGCACAGGUACCAGGGGAGGUCCUGUUUCCAUGACAACAAAUACCACGGAAACCAGGGAGCCAAUCGAUGAUGACAUUCUACACACGGUUGGCAGACUGUUCCACGUCAGACCUCAACAAAGCACAAACAAGGGGAAAAAAGAAAGUACAGAAGAAAUUGUGCGGCGGGCCCUGCAGGCCGAGAGAAACCACUGGAAGGAACGCCUACAUAUGUCCAUGUUGGAGAUAGACAGACAACACAAGGUCAUCCUCACUACGCAAUCUGGACUUCAGGAGUUGGUGAGAUCCUUGAAGCAAGCUCUAAAGAGAAACAGUAUAAUGGAAGAAGAGGUUGAUGAGGAUUUGGACAAUGAGACUGUCGCUCUACGCCUGCUGGAAAACCUCAAGUUUCAGGUCAGGCAACUAAAAGUUAAGGCUGGAGUAGCAGACGUCUCGAAAAACGACUUUGAAGAUGCACAGAACAAGAACAGACAGAUCAUCACAGAACUCCGAGACAAACUCAAAGCUCUGGAGAAGGAAAAAAAGUCCAAUGACCAUGAGAUUCAGAGACAAACAGAGAAGAUUGUUCACUUGCAGAAAGAGAACUCCUCUUUACAUAGACAGCUUAUGAGAAUGCAGAAAAUUGUGCAAAAGUAUAAUGAAGGUCAUAAUGGUGCAAACUUCCACUUGAACAAUGUUGAUGCCCCUGUAAAGGAAACUUCAAGGCACGACUAUGAGAGAAAAACAGGUCAUACCAAUAGUGUGUCUACCCUGGAGUUGACUGACAGCAAUGGUUCAAGUCAUAUAAGGGAGAGAACUUAUGUUGAAGGUGACCAACUUGUGUCCUAUCCAAAUCCUAAUGAAGAGAAUGCCAUUAUUAAGGACAGGCUUAGGAAGAAUAUCUAUUCAGCCAGGCAGGGAGACAAUAGGUCAAGUAACGUUGCUCAGUGUUCAAGAUGUCAUGUGUUGUUCAAACCUGGGGAAAAUACACACAAGUCAUGCAGGUUCCAUCACAAAGGGAGAGAAAUCAAGGAGCAGUUUGAUACACAUGGGAGGCUGGAACAAGUUUUGUACAAAUGGGCUUGUUGUAAAAAAUCUCUUGAAUCACCUGGCUGCUGUUUUGGGUAUCAUGUCUAGAACUUUAUGAAGCUCUUUGCUGUUGUUUUGUCUAGAACAUUAAUAGAGCACCUGGAACUUAAUGAAGGACCUGGCUGUUGUUUUGGGUAUCAUGUCAAAAACACCAAUGAAGCACCUAGCUGUUUUGGGGUGUACUAUUAUGUCUGGUACUUAAUGAAGUGCCUUGCUGUUGUUAUAUCUAGAAAAUCAAUGAAGCAUCUGGCUGUUGUUUUGGGUAAUAUGUCAAGAACUUAAUGAAGCACCUGGCUGUUGUUUUGGGUAAACUGCCAAGAACUUAAUGAAGCACCUGGAUGUUGUUUUAUCUAGAGCAUCAAUGAAACAUCUGGCUGUUGUAAUGGGUAUCAUAUCUAGAACUUAAUAAAGCACCUGGCUGUUGUUAUGGGUAUUAUGUCUAAAACUUAAUGAACACCUGCCUGUUGUUUUGGGUAUCAUGUCUAAAACCUAAUGAAGUACCUUGCUGUUGUUUUGGGUGUAAUGUCUAGAACUUAAUGAACUUUUGGCUGUUGUUUAGGAUAUCAUGUCUAGAACUUUAUCAAGCACUGGGCUGUUGCUUUGGGUAUCAUGUCUAUAAUUUAAUGAACACCUUGCUGUUGUUUUCGGUAUUAUGUCUAGAACUUAAUGGAGCACCUGGCUGUUGUGUUGGUUAUCAUGUCUAUAAUUUAAUGAACACCUUGCCUUUGUUUUGGGUAUCAUGUCUAGAAUUUAAUGAACAGCUGGCUUUCGUUUUGGGUGUAAUGUCUAGAACUUAAUGGAGCACCAGGCUGUUGUUUUGGGUACCAUGUCUAGAACUUAAUGAACACCUGGUUAUUGUUUUGGGUACCAUGUCUAGAACUUAAUGAACACCUGGCUGUUGUUUUGGGUACCAUUUCAAGAACUUAAUGAAGCACCUGGCUGUUGUUUUGGGUAUCAUAUCUAGAACUUAAUGGAGCACGAGGCUGUUGUUUUGGGUACCAUGUCUAGAACUUAAUGAACACCUGGUUAUUGUUUUGGGUACCAUGUCUAGAACUUAAUGAACACCAGGCUGUUGUUUUGGGUACCAUGUCAAGAACUUAAUGAAGCACCUGGCUGUUGUUUUGGGUACCAUGUCAAGAACUUAAUGAAGCACCUGGCUGUUGUUUUGGGUGUAAUGUCUAGAACUUAAUGAAGCACCUGGCUGUUGUUUUGGGUACCAUGUCAAGAACUUAAUGAAGCACCUGGCUGUUGUUUUGGGUGUAAUGUCUAGACCUUUAAUGAAGCACCUGGCUGUUGUUUUGGGUAUCAUAUCUAGAACUUAAUGGAGCACCAGGCUUUUGUGUGGGUACCAUGUGAAGAACUUAAUGAAGCACCUGGCUGUUGUUUUGGGUGUAAUGUCUAGAACUUAAUGAAGCACCUGGCUGUUGUUUUGGGUACCAUGUCAAGAACUUAAUGAAGCACCUGGCUGUUGUUUUGGGUGUAAUGUCUAGACCUUUAAUGAAGCACCUGGCUGUUGUUUUGGGUACCAUGUCUAGAACUUAAUGAAGCACCUGGCUGUUGUUUUGGGUACCAUGUCAAGAACUUAAUGAAGCACCUGGCUGUUGUUUUGGGUGUAAUGUCUAGACCUUUAAUGAAGCACCUGGCUGUUGUUUUGGGUACCAUGUCAAGAACUUAAUGAAGCACCUGGCUGUUGUUUUGGGUGUAAUGUCUAGAACUUAAUGAAGCACCUGGCUGUUGUUUUGGGUACCAUGUCAAGAACUUAAUGGAGCACCUGGCUGUUGUUUUGGGUACCAUGUCAAGAACUUAAUGAAGCACCUGGCUGUUGUUUUGGGUACCAUGUCAAGAACUUAAUGAAGCACCUGGCUGUUGUUUUGGGUGUAAUGUCUAGACCUUUAAUGAAGCAUCUGGCUGUUGUUUUGGGUACCAUGUCAAGAACUUAAUGGAGCACCUGGCUGUUGUUUUGGGUACCAUGUCUAGAACUUAAUGAAGCACCUGGCUGUUGUUUUGGGUACCAUGUCAAGAACUUAAUGAAGCACCUGGCUGUUGUUUUGGGUGUAAUGUCUAGACCUUUAAUGAAGCAUCUGGCUGUUGUUUUGGGUAUCAUAUCUAGAACUUAAUGAAGCACUUGGCUGUUGUUUUGGGUAUCAUGUCUAGUACUUUAUAAAGCAUCAGGGUGUUGUCAUGGGUACCAUGUUUAGAACAUCUAUGAAGCACUUGGCUGUUAUUUUGGGUAUCAAGACUAAAACAUUGGUGGGGCACUUCCAUUUGUUAAAAUUCAGCGACCUUAAUCUAACAAACUUGGUUUUAUAGUUUCUUUCAUUUCAGAAAAGAGCAUUGCAGCUUUUCUGCCAAGAAAAUUUGACCAUUAUUUUGUACCAUUUUUUUUCAUGACAAAUAAUGAUCAGACCUAUUUCACAAUGCUACCACUUAUUCAUUUCUUUAUUAUUCCUUAAAAACACAUUAAAUGAAAGCAUAAUUUGUAUACCCAAAAUAUUCUGGCCUGUUUUAAUUUGGCACAGGUUUAGAUAUUCCAAUUUUCUCCAAAUGAUUAGUUCUCCAAUUAAAAACAAGCAAGAUAAUCAAUAUACAAUGUUUCAAAAAUAGUUUUCUUGCCUUUGCAAAUUGAUGUGGAGAUUUUUUUCCAAGGGGAAUUUGUCCAUUUUCAACUUUGCAUGGAACAGCUAUGAGUUUUAGUAAAAUAAAAUGAAAGAAAUGUGUAAAAUAUAUCAUUUUGUUGUGAAAUAAUUUGUGGGCUAUGCUGUUGCUGUUGUUGUUGGUGUUGUUGUUGGUGUUGUUGUUAUGUUAUUGUUGGCACAUUUUACAGCACUGUUUUAAUAAAAGCCA